AUGCAGUACAACCUGCUUCCGGCCUCCGCAGACGACGCCGAAGCCCUCCUGCGCGUCAACGUCGCUGCCUUCAAAGGAGAGAAAGUUCACGAUGCACUGUUCCCCAAAGAUCGUGAGCAUCUAGUCCCCGACGAUGAGUUCUGGCAAUGGCGCAUCGCACACCACAGAAAGCGCUUUGCAGACCCGGAAACGAUGACAUUCAAAAUCGUCCCUUCAGACAAUCUCAGAACCAUAGCCGGCUAUGCAGCCUGGAUGAAGCCCGGCGCAGCCAAUCGCAAGAAGCAGACGCAAGCGCAGAAGCAGAAAGACGACGCCGCUAUCACGGAUCAGCAGAAGAUACCGGAGACGAUGUCGCACGGCGUCGUUGAGACGCCACCUGCUGCAGCUACUGGCGGCAGCAUCUCAGAUGAUGGCGAGAGCUCACCACGUAUGAACGCUGAGCUGCACAAGGAAUUCUUCGGGAAGAUCGACGCGAAGAGAGACGAGAUUUGGGGCGAGAGUGGGGAAUAUUGGUAUCUGGUCGGUUUUGCGGUGGAUCCAGCUCAUCAGGGAAAAGGUCUGGCGAGGAAGAUGUUGCAGUGGGGCUUCGACAAGAGUGAGCAAGACAAGUUGCCCAUCUAUCUCGAGGCGAGCCCUGCUGGUGAUCCAGUGUACAUCCAUUGCGGGUUCAAGCCGAUCGCCAAGUUCGAGAUUAUGGAGGGGAGCGAGAUCGUGCGAUGUAUGAUUCGUCGACCGAACAGCGCAAGUGACGUACUCAACGGCGAGGUUGGGCAGAAAUAG